CUCAGCGUAGUUUGAAUAUUUGAAAUGACUACGUUAAUUGAGCAGCUUAUUAAUAAGAUGGGUCUGCGAGAUGAGCCCAAUGUAUUGGAGAAAACAACUGAGCUAAUGCGUUUGUUGGAGUUGCGCUCUACUAAUGUUCCAUUGCAGAUCAAUGAAUAUGGUAAAAUAGUGCUGUGUGCCGACUUGGCUUGCUGUCUGUUGAGCAUAGGAUUUGAUAAGGAGCAAGCACUGAAAUUGUCAGGAUUGCGCAAGUCACACUAUCUGAACAACAAGCGAAUGUUUGAGAAGCUACUCGAUCUGAACAAGCUGCCCACGGUGAAUGAUAUAUGCAUCCAGUUAACGCUAAACGAGGCAAAACGCAAGGCUGAGGACUUGCUGACCAUGUUCAAAAGUGUAAUGGGGGAUAAUCCCGACACAGAGCAUCCUCAGUAUGCAGCUAUGGCUGUGUUUCAAGCUUGUCGUCUGCUAAAAAUGAAGGUGUCUAAACCCAAACUCAUGCCAUUCAGCAACCUACGACCGACGCAGUGGCAACAACUAGAGCAGCAAUGGGAGCGUUUAAUUGAAAAGCAUUACAAGGAAAACAAGCUUACUUCCGAAUUGGAAGACAAGCUUAAUCAAGAUAAUUUUAAUGCGAAUGUAAAAAAGAGUCCAAAAAAGCCAAAGGUUGAGGUAGAAGAUUAUGAUAAAUGGAAGGCGCGAAUGCUGGCAUCGGCCGAAGCUAAGUUAAAGGAGUUGGAGGACAAUGGAGUGUCAAACAUUGAAGAAUAAGACAGUGAAAAAAUGUAAUAGUGACGUAAUCUAUUCCUUAAUAUUUAAACAUUUAGAAUAAAAAACUCAAUUAUGUAAAC